CCUCCUCAAGCCGCCAUCCCGCAAUCAGUCAUGGAUCAGGUAAUGCAGUUUGUUGAGCCAAGUCGGCAGUUCGUAAAGGACUCAAUUCGGCUGGUUAAAAGAUGCACCAAGCCUGACAGAAAAGAAUUCCAGAAGAUUGCCAUGGCCACAGCCAUAGGAUUUGCUAUCAUGGGAUUCAUUGGCUUCUUUGUGAAACUGAUCCAUAUCCCUAUUAAUAACAUUAUUGUGGGUGGCUGAGUGCUUUCUCUUCGCUGGAAUUAGGAGC